AUGCACCACCAAAGCCCCGCCUACUUAUCCUCCAUUUGGCACAAUCGGUCCAUGAUUUUCGUUUCCUCUCAUUUUUCCUCCAUCAGCGCGACGUCCGCUUCUUAUCUGGAGUCUUUGGCACCUCAUCUGCCUAACUCCCUGCGUUCUGUCCUCUCACGCUUUGCGAUCAAACUUGCCAAAGCCGACCUAACAUCGUCACCGAGCCUUGCGAAGCCCUUUGAGUCCCUACCACUUCUUACCUCAUCAACCCCCACCACCACACGCCUCGCAGUCACCGUUCUAGCAGCCUUGCUUCUUGCGGUUAUUGUUGCAAUGACCUGGAAUCCAUGGAGAGAGCGCUCAUCUCCAUAUCGGAACACUUCCCCACCAACCGUUACCAAUGAAGACUACAGCUACGUAACAGUCGAUGACGCCGACUACACCAGCGCGCGACAUAACCUAGGUUACUCCUCCACUGACCCGCAGAGCGGCCGGCAUCCCCUCACAGUCGCCGACGACGAGUCUGAGCCAGAUGUUAUCAUUCUAAAAUAUAGAGGGAAGACGUACCGUCUCAACUUCCCUGCCUAUUCCAUCGGCGAUGGACUGACAACGGUUGGGAGCGUGAAAUUGGCCGCUGCCAAUGCGCUGGACGUUGCGGACACAAGGCAAAUAAAACUUCUCUAUAAGGGCACGGUGUUGAGAGAUGACUCCGCCAGGGCCAGGGAUGUCGGGCUGAAGCAGAAUUCCGCAACCAUGUGCGUGGUAUCGAACAUCCUCCCAGAAACGUCGAGUGAGGAGAGUUUGGUUACGCCUGCAUAUUAUGAAACCUCUGAAGCUGCGGAGCAGUCCUCAUCUCCCCCUCGCGCCAACGGCGCCAGUGGCGGUGGUGGCCGCAAAAAGCGACGUCAGAAGAAGCGUAAGAAUAAUAACGAUGAUAAAAAUAAGAACGCCUCCAACGACACGCAAGCAUCUGCACAAAGCACAUCUAAGCCAUUUGCGAUACCUAUCGAGCGGCAUCACCAACAGCAUCCACAACGAGCACCCCAACAACAACAAUCUCCACCAUCCUCCUACACUAGCAAUUCACCCAACCUGUCCGCGCCGCCUUCAGUUGCAGCCUCCACUGACUACCGUCCCGCCUCCUCCGCCAGUGCGUCUGCAUCUCCCCGCCCCUCCCGCGUCCCCAAACCGUCCCCAAACCUCAACUUUGUCGGUACACCGCAAGAGAAACUCAGCCUCCUCAGCAGUUAUUUCCACGAUUCCCUCGAGCCUUUACUUCGCGAAUUCAUCCAGCAUCCACCGGGGGACCAGAAGACGCGGGAUGUCGAGCACCGCAAGCUCAGCGAGACGACGAUGAUGCAGGUUAUAUUGAAGGUUGAUGGGAUUGAGGUUGAUGGCAAUGAGGAGGCGAGACAGCAGAGGAGGACGCUUAUAGUCACGGUGCAGAAUUUGUUGAAAUUGCUUGAUGAGGCGCAUCGGCGGGGGUAG